AUGACCGAUAGUACAGGUAACAAAGACCAGAGCGCCGGGUUCCUCGGUAGCGUGACCGGGGGCGUCGAAAACGUCGUCACGGGCGGCGAUAAGGCCAAAGGCCAGGGGGGACUUGUCGGAGGUCUCAGUGGAGCGGUCGGCAAGACGACAGAAGGCGCCGGAAAUGCCCUCAAUAAGACGACCGAGGGGCUCGGUAACACGGCCGGCUCGGCAACCGAGGGAGUCGGAAAUGUUGGCAAAGGUGUCACGGGGACCUUAGACAAUACCGUUAAAGGAGUCGUGCAAUUGACUAGGGUGUGUGUCGAGUAG